GGUCCACCUGAUAGAGAACCAAAUAGGUUUUGGAGUGGGUUAACUCGGAAGCCAAUCCUAAAUAGCUCCAUGGAUCCGGCUUCCCGCAGCCUGCCAAGUGCGAAGCCUCUAUGCAGCAUCUAUGAUCUAUUUCAGUCCCCGGGGCGGAGGAUGUAACUAGCAGAGGGCCGGCAAGUUCAGAGUCCGUGAACGAAGCUCCGUCUUGAUCCACUCCUCACUGCCGCCGUUGUUCUUCCUUCUGUCACCGAGGGCGACUGGGCUCCGCUUGCUGUGUCCGGCACAGCCCUCCCCUGCAGCAAACCAAAACUCUUGCAACUCCGACGCGGCCCGCAGCAGCGCUGUGGCUCUAACAGGGAAAGCGGGCCGGCCGCAAACUGUCCUCGUCCCACCCCCUGAGUUACGGGCUCGGAAGCUUUAGGAGGCGCGCCAGAGCAACCAGAAGGCCUAACGAGCAGCCCGCCUUUUCCGGGGUCCGGCCAGGAAAUGGCUGGGAGGCAGCUGGGCCGAUCUGUUUUUGCUACUAGGUCAGUUGUGCUGCAUAAUUUGGGAAGUGCAAACUUUAGCACCAAAGGGAAUGCUGAGCCCACCAAGCAACCACUUAAGAAACCAAAAUUACCUCUAGGUCGUUUUGAUGAGUCAGAGGAAUCCAGUGCAGAAAAAGAACCACUAGAAAAAUUUCCUGAUGACAUCAAUCCUGAAACAAAAGAAAAGGGUGGACCCAGAGGCCCUGAACCAACUCGUUACGGAGACUGGGAGCGAAAAGGUCGCUGUAUAGAUUUUUAAAUGGCUCCAUAUUGUUAACCUGAUGUAUCUGGGUGAAGGUUAAGCAAAUGAAGUUAUUUCAUCCAGAUAGGUAAACAUGAUGAAGGAAAAGGUUGCUUUUCCAUACAUAUGACACUGAAGCAUCUUGAAAUUACCACAUUCUUUUUGUUUUAAAUGGACACUCAUUCAUUCUUUCUGUAUUUGUAUGUGCAGUUAUGUGCUUUUAGCAUCUAUGUAAUGGCAGUCAUGAAGGAUACUUCCUGUGAAUAAACAUACUUCUAAGUACUG